AUGGACUACAAAAGGCUUGAUGUUGAACGGGCCAAAAUGGCGGUUUCCGUGGCCGGUGCCAAGUCUUUAGUGUCCGAAUGGAUGGGUGCUGAUGUGUUUAAUGAUGACGAGGAGGACGAUGUGGUGAGUCGGCUACUGAAAUCAGCAGAAAAGGCUAAACCCCCGCCCACAGACAAAAACCAAGCUCUGGAAAGAUUGAGAACCAAAAUGAACCACAAGAAACCGGCAAGCAAACCGCGGCCUGUUGUUCAAGAACAGAGCUCCGAUGACGAAGAAGAAUCAAAGACAUCAAGCAUUGGUAAACGCAAAAACGUCAAGUCAGUUCUAGACUCGUACAAGCGUAAGAAACGCAAGGGCUGA